AUGCAUUUCAAAAGCUUACUUUUCUCUUUUCUUCUGGUCUUGACACUCGGCUUCGGCCUCCUCUCACAGGCCAAGGAAGCUACACCCCGCGGGCCAAAGAUCACGAACAAGGUUUACUUCGAUAUCGAGCAGGAUGGACAACCACUAGGCCGUAUUGUCUUUGGUCUGUACGGAAAGACUGUUCCCAAGACUGCUGAGAACUUCCGCGCUCUUGCUACUGGCGAGCAGGGGUUUGGCUACGAAGGCUCAACUUUCCACCGUGUCAUCAAAAACUUUAUGAUUCAGGGUGGUGACUUCACCAAUCAUGAUGGUACCGGUGGCAAGUCCAUCUACGGUCAAAAGUUCGCCGAUGAGAACUUCAAGCUUCGUCACACAAAGAAGGGUCUCCUGAGCAUGGCCAACGCCGGAAAGGACACCAACGGAUCCCAGUUUUUCAUCACUACCGUUGUCACAAGCUGGCUCGACGGCCGUCAUGUUGUCUUCGGCGAGGUCUUGGAGGGCUACGAUGUUGUGGAGAAAAUUGAAAACACCCCUACCAAGAAGGGCAUCGACCGACCUCUACAGGAAGUCCGCAUCGCCAAGAGCGGAGAGCUAGCGGUGGAACCGGAACCUGCUGAAGGUAGCCAUGAAGAGCUCUAA